AUGGGUAAGCAAGUUGGAUACAAUGCCAAAGGUGUGCUACUGAUGAUGCUGAGCUUAGCGCUCACCUUCUUCCUUCCACAUGUGGAAACUAAGGUGUACAUUGCUCAGAUGAGUUCGCGAGUGGUGUCCACCCGAUUUGGACAGGUCAGAGGGGCUCUUGUGGAAUUCGAGAAGGAUCGGAACUUGAAACCCGUGGAGGCUUACCUGGGGCUACAAUACGCUUCAUUGUUAGGGGGCAGUCUGCGAUUUAUGCCACCCACGAGUCCUAUGGAGAAAUGGAACCGAAUUCGAGCGGUGAUGAAACACCGCAAAGUUUGUCCUCAGAGGCAACUGGACGAGCGAGAACUGGAGAAGACCUUACCCAAGGGGCGGGUGAGACACCUGGCCAGUAUAUCGGCCUUUAUACGGGAGCAGACAGAGGACUGCCUUAACCUGAACCUAUAUGUACCCACCCGAGACAAUUUUGAUUGGAUAACAGCCACAACUAGUUCCCCCCGAGGCAAGAUGGCGGAUAUAUUAUCAUCGGUAGUAAAUGCUGGGCGACAGAUAAUUUUAACUACAGUCCUGGAGGGCUUCGACAUGGAACAGUUAGAGAUUAAAACCUUACUGAGAGUGCCUGGAGAAAGCAAAUGA